AUGCUCGCUAGACUUACACAUUACGGUAUCGACGCUGUGUUGCUUUCAACUGUGCUUGCUGGCGUUAAGAGAAGCACAGGAUUCAGCCCAGAUAUAGAGAAGUUCACGGAAGAAGAGACAGCAAAAUCUAUUGCCAAGAAAUAUUUGGGGAUUGGUGAAUUUUGUUAUGACGGCGUGACCGGAUAUGUAGUCAACAGCUCCUACUUCAAGAGAGGCGAGCGUAGAUAG